GAGCUGCUGGCUGUCCUGCAGCAGGAAGGGCCUUCGACGGAGGGCAUCUUCCGCAGAGCUCAGAGCGGGGCAGCCUGCCGGGAGCUGCGGGAGGCCCUGGACCGCGGUGCCGACGUCGACAUGGGAAGCCAGCCCGCGCUGCUGCUGGCCGUCGUCUUGAAGGACUUCCUCCGAAGCAUCCCCUCCAAGCUCCUCGUGAACAACCUCUACGAGGACUGGAUGGCAGCGAUGCAGCAGAGCAGCAAGGAGGAGAAGAUCUCGGAGCUGAAAGCGGUGGCCGAGAAGUUGCCUGCGGCCAAUCUCCUCCUGCUCAAGCGGCUGCUGUCCCUGCUCCAGCACAUCGGCCGCAACGCAGGCACCAGCAGGAUGACCUCCAGCAACCUGGCCAUCUGCAUCGGGCCAAGCCUGCUGAGCCCGCCCAACGAGGACCUGCUCCCGCUGGAGGCCAUGCUGGCGGUGACUGAGAAGGUGAAGGGGCUGGUGCAGUUCGUGAUGGAGAACUGCAGGGAACUCUUUGGGGAGGAGGCAAGGGAGCUUUCCAGCCCGCCAGCCGAGGAGUCGCCAGCCCCCACGGAGAGAUCCAGAGAGCUGCGUUUGGAGGAGCAAAGUGUCCCUGCAGUCACAGCGGACACCGAGCACCAGGCAGCAGACUUGCCGCGUGCACCCCGCUCUCUGCUCGGUGUCCUCAGAGGAGCUGGGGGAGACACGGCGCUGGAGUCUGAAAUGGCAGAGGCACGUCCAGCUUUGCCUCCAACUCCCCCCGAGAGCGCGGCAGACUCCCUGGGGUGCCCAGAAGCACGGGCGAGCCUUCCAGGGGACAGAAG